GCGGAACGUGGGCUCGCGCGCCCCGCCUUUGUCUCCGGGCGCGAGCCGCCGCAGCCCCGCGCCCGCCGCUCGCUGCCGGAGCCGCUUUGUGCCGCGGCGCGGGGAACCCGGACGCGGGGUGCGGAGCCGCGGGCGCAGCGUCAGCAUGGACGUGACCGUCUCGGAGCUUCUGGAGCUCUUCCUGCAAAGCCCGCUGGUGACCUGGGUGAAAACUUUUGGCCCAUUCGGAAGUGGCAGCCAGGACAAUCUGACUAUGUACAUGGAUUUAGCGGACGGCAUCUUUUUGAACCAAAUCAUGUUGCAAAUAGACCCCAGGCCAACAAAUCAGCGCAUCAACAAACAUGUCAACAACGAUGUGAACCUUCGCAUUCAGAACCUGACCAUCUUGGUGAGAAACAUAAAGACCUACUACCAGGAAGUUCUCCAGCAGCUGAUUGUAAUGAAUUUGCCCAAUGUUUUGAUGAUUGGCAGAGACCCGCUAUCUGGGAAGAGUAUGGAGGAGAUUAAGAAGGUGUUGCUGCUGGUGCUUGGCUGUGCCGUCCAGUGUGAGAAGAAAGAAGAGUUUAUUGAGAGAAUCAAACAGCUGGACAUUGACACCCAAGCUGGGAUCGUGGGCCACAUCCAGGAGGUGACCCACAACCAGGAGAACGUGUUUGACCUGCAGUGGCUGGAGCUGCCCGACGUGGCCCCAGAGGAGCUGGAGGCCCUUUCCAGGAACAUGGUGCUUCAUCUCCGGAGGCUCAUUGACCAGCGGGAUGAAUGCACAGAGCUGAUCGUGGACCUGACCCAGGAGCGGGACUACCUCCAGGCGCAGCACCCGCCCAGCCCGGUCAAGUCCUCCAGUGCAGACUCCACGCCCAGCCCCACCAGCAGCCUCUCCAGCGAAGACAAGCAGCAUGUGGCCGUGGAGCUGGCUGACACCAAGGCCAAGCUGCGGCGCGUCAGGCAGGAGCUGGAGGAGAAGACAGAGCAGCUUGCAGACACCAGACAUGAGGUGGAUCAGCUGGUGCUAGAGCUACAGAAAGUCAAACAGGAGAACAUCCAGCUGGCGGCAGAUGCCCGGUCUGCUCGUGCCUAUCGGGACGAGCUGGAUUCCCUGAGGGAGAAGGCGAACCGCGUAGAGAGGUUGGAGAUGGAGCUGACGCGCUGCAAGGAGAAGCUGCAUGACGUGGACUUCUACAAGGCUCGCAUGGAGGAGCUCAGAGAAGAUAAUAUCAUUUUAAUUGAAACCAAGGCCAUGCUGGAGGAACAGCUGACUGCUGCUCGCACCCGGGGUGACAAAGUCCACGAGCUGGAGAAGGAGAACCUGCAGCUGAAAUCUAAACUGCACGAUCUGGAAUUGGACCGGGACACAGAUAAGAAACGAAUUGAGGAGCUGCUAGAAGAAAACAUGGUCCUGGAGAUUGCACAGAAGCAGAGCAUGAACGAGUCUGCCCACCUCGGCUGGGAGCUGGAGCAGCUGUCCAAGAACGCAGACUUGUCAGACGCCUCCAGGAAGUCGUUCGUGUUUGAGCUGAACGAGUGCGCCUCCAGCCGCGUCCUCAAGCUGGAGAAGGAGAACCAGAGCCUGCAGAGCACCAUCCAGGGGCUGAGGGAUGCGGCCCUCACCCUGGAGGAGAGCAGCCUCAAGUGUGGGGAGCUGGAGAAGGAGAACCACCAGCUCAGUAAGAAGAUCGAAAAGUUGCAGACCCAGCUUGAGAGAGAAAAGCAAAGCAACCAGGACUUGGAGACCCUCAGUGAGGAGCUGAUCAAAGAGAAGGAGCAGCUGCAGAGCGACAUGGAGGCCCUGAAGGCCGACAGAGCCCGGCAGAUCAAGGACCUUGAGCUAGAAAAGGACCACCUCAACCGAGCGGUUUGGUCACUGCGAGAGAGGUCACAGGUCAGCAGCGAGGCCCGCGUGAAAGAUGUGGAGAAGGAGAACAAAGCCCUCCACCAGAUGGUGACAGAGGCUAGCAGCAAACUCAGCCAGCUGGAGUUCGAGAAGCAGCAGCUGCACAGAGACUUGGAGCAGGCCCGGGAGAGGGGGCAGCGGGCAGAGAAGCUCGAGGGGGAGCUGCAGCGGCUGCGGGAGGAGAACACACAGCUGGCCAGCAAGGUGACCUCCCUGGAGACCGCCACCGAGAAAGCCAGGGUCCUGGAGCAUGAGAGCCAAGGCCUGCAGCUGGAGAACCGGACGCUGAGGAAGUCCCUGGACACCUUGCAGAACGUGUCCGUGCAGCUCGAGGGCCUGGAGCAUGACAACAAGCAGCUAGACGCAGAGAACCUGGAGCUGCGCAAGAUGGUGGAGGCCAUGCGCUUCACCAGCGCCAAGAUGGCACAAAUCGAGAGGGAGAACCAGCAGCUGGAACAUGAGAAGGAGGAGCUGAGGAAAAACGUGGAGCUGCUGAAGGCGCUGGGCAAGAAGUCAGAGCGUCUGGAGCUCAGCUACCAGAGCGUGAGCGCUGAGAACCUGCGGUUGCAGCAGAGCCUGGAGAACAGCAGCCACAAGUCGCAGGCCCUGGAGAGUGAGCUCAGCGAGCUGGAGGCCGAGCACCAGGCGCUGCAGCGGGACCUGGAGGCCCUGCAGCUGGCCAGCGUGCAGCUGGAGCGGGCUGAGAGAGACAAGAAGGCCCUAGAGCAGGAGGUGGCCCAGCUGGAGAAGGACAAGAAGCUGCUGGAGAAGGAGGCUAAGCGGCUGUGGCAGCAGGUAGAGCUGAAAGACGCGGUCUUGGACGACAGCACCGCCAAGCUGUCCGCUGCCGAGAAGGAGAGCCGUGCCCUGGACCGAGAGCUGGCCCGCUGCAGGGACGCGGCCGGCAAGCUGAAGGAGCUGGAGAAGGACAACAGGGACCUCACCAAGCAAGUCAUUGUGCAUACGAGGACGCUGACAACCCUGCGGGAGGACCUGGUGCUGGAGAAGUUGAAGAGCCAGCAGCUGACCAGUGAGCUGGACAUACUGAGCCAGGAGCUAGAGAAGGUUGGCCUCAGCAAGGAGCUGCUGCUGCAGGAUGACAAUAGCAACGGUGACACAAAAUAUAAGAUUUUGGAGGGCAGAAAUGAAUCAGCAUUGAAAACAACCCUGGCCAUGAAAGAAGAAAAGAUUGUGUUUUUGGAAGCACAGGUGGAAGAGAAAGUGAGCCUGAAUCACCAGUUGCAGAGUGAGCUCCAGACGUUGAAGAAGGAGUGUGAGAGCCUCAGGCAGAAGCAGGAAGAUGGGAAGCACCUGCAGAACUCCGUUAAGAACCCCAUCGUGGGAAAGGCGGCUACCAGUAGCCCAGGGAAGGAAAGCUGGGGACCCAGCCACAAGGAAGCCACGAUGGAGCUACUCCGAGUGAAGGACCGGGCCAUCGAGCUGGAACGGAAUAAUGCAGCCCUGCAAGCCGAGAAGCAGCUGCUCAAGGAACAGCUACAGCACCUGGAGACCCAGAAUGUGGCCUUCAGCAGUCAGAUCCUGACGCUGCAGAAGCAGAGCGCCUUCCUGCAGGAGCACAACACCACGCUGCAGACCCAAACAGCCAAGCUGCAGGUAGAGAACUCCACUCUGAGCUCCCAGAACGCUGCACUCACCACACAGUACACGCUGCUGCAGAACCAGCAGACAGCCAAGGAGACUGAGAAUGAGAACCUGCAGAAGCAGCAGGAGCAGCUGACGGCAGCUUAUGAGGCCCUGCUCCAGGACCAUGAGCAUCUGGGCACACUGCAUGAGCGGCAGUCGGCGGAGUAUGAGGCCCUUAUCCGACAGCACAGCUGCCUAAAGACCCUGCAUAGGAACCUGGAGCUGGAACACAAGGAGCUGGGGGAGAGGCACAGCAGCAUGCUAAAGCGCAAGGCAGAGCUGGAGGAGCUGGAGAAGGCCUUGACCGCGGAGCGGGAGGCUCUGCAGCAAGAGCAGAGGACAAACGGCAUCGCUGCAGGCGAGAACCAAAGGCUGCGGGGAGAACUGGACAGGAUCAACUUCCUACACCACCAGCUGAAGGGGGAGUACGAGGAGCUUCACGCCCACACCAAGGAGCUGAAAACCUCACUGAACAACUCACAGCUGGAGUUGAACCGGUGGCAGGCCCGGUUCGAUGAGCUGAAGGAGCAGCACCAGAGCAUGGACAUCUCACUGACCAAGCUGGACAACCACUGCGAGCUGCUCUCCCGUCUCAAGGGGAACUUGGAAGAAGAAAAUCAUCACCUCCUGAGCCAGAUCCAGCUGCUGAGCCAGCAGAACCAGAUGCUCCUGGAGCAGAACAUGGAGAACAGGGAGCAGUACCACGAGGAACAGAAGCAGUACAUAGACAAAUUAAAUGCCUUACGAAGACAUAAGGAAAAACUGGAAGAAAAAAUCAUGGAUCAGUACAAGUUCUAUGAUCCUGCUCCAAAGAAGAAGAAUCACUGGAUUGGAGCCAAAGCCUUAGUCAAACUCAUCAAGCCAAAGAAAGAGGGUUCAAGAGAACGGUUGAAGUCAACUACAGACAGCCCCUCCUGGCAGCCGGAGUCUUCAGACCCCGCCUCUCCAGUGGCUUCUCAGCCUCUCAGAUCACAGCCAGAGAACCCUGACACCCCCACACCAGGCUCAAACUGUGCAGAAGAGCGGGACACCCACAGUGGGCCUGCAGGAAAAGGCCCCGGGGAUUUAAAGCCAAAACGAGGGUCCUCGCACGGAGGCAGCCUUGACCGCACAGAUGCCCCUCCUGACCCGGCCAUGAAGUCCUGGCCCUUGGAGCUGGGCUCCCGGACCUGUUCAUCCUUGGCCCCUACCACCACCCCUUCCAGCUCCACCCCCCUCUCCCGGCACCCAGACCGCACCAAAGGCUGUAAUUCAGAUGACAACCUCUGCGAGCCAUCCCUGGAGCUGGAGCUCAGCCACAGGCAGUAUGUGUCCCGGCCAAGUAGUUUAGACAGCAGUAGAAAUACAUCCAACAACAGCUCACCUCUUAACCUAAAAGGUUCCUCCGACCAGCUCCAUGGCAGGUCUGAGAGCUUCAGCAGCGAAGACCUGAUCCCCAGCAGAGACCCAGCCACUAUGCCCCGGGAUGCCAGCACCCCAGGACGCAGCGCCCUUGGCCGCCAUGAGUACCCCCCACCUCGGAAUGGGCCUGUCUCCCAGGAGGGUGCCCAGAAGAGGGGUGCAGCACCUUCCCAUAUGGGGGUGCGGCCCUGCUCAGCUUCCCCCAGCAGUGAGAUGGUCACCUUGGAGGAAUUCUUAGAGGAAAGCAACCGGAGCUCCCCAACCCCUGACACUCCCAGCUGCCGGGAUGACCUGCUGAGUGAAUACUUCCGAAAGGCCAGUGAUCCCCCAGCCACUGGAGGCCAGCUAGGACCACCUACCAGGAAAGAAGGGGCCAAGAUGCCCACCAGCCUUGUAGCCCCCACCAUCAAGAUGGCUGCCACCACCCCUGAGGGGAGGUUGCUGAAGCCUGGGCAUUGUGUCAAGCCAAACUUCAGAUCACCUGAGGCCGAAGCCCCGGCCCUACUCAGUGUAUCCCCAAGACAGGCCCAGCCUCCCCAGAGCCUGUCUUUGGGCAGACCCUGGCAGGCCACAAUGACCCCAGCUUCCCACACACCUACCAGCCGGAGUGCUUCCCUGAGCCGGGCCUUCAGCCUGGCCUCAGCUGACCUCCUCCGAGCCAGCGGGCCAGAGGCCUGCAAACAGGAGUCCCUACAGAAGCCAGGGCUUCCUGAGGUCUCGGGUGGCAGAGAGACAGGCAGCCACACCCUGCAAAGCUCCACACUCCCCAACUCCCACAGCCUGGCCCGGGAGCGGACCCCAUUGGUGGGAAAGACUGGCGGCUCCUCUCAGGGCCCCCGCAGCCGGCCCGUGGAUACGAGGCGCUUCUCACUGGCUCCACCAAAGGAAGAGAGGCUGGUCCCCCUGCAACAAUCUGCAACUGUCCCAGCCAUUGCCACUGCAGGUGGUGGCAGCAGCAGCAACUCCCAGCUCCAGCACUUCUCACCUGCUGCAGCCCCAGCUGCCAGGACCAAGGCCAAAACAGCCCCACACUCUGGGGAGGUGGCCACUAUCGCCCCUGUCCGGGUGGGGCUCAGUCUCUCAGAGGGAGAUGGGGGCCCAGGGCAGAGCUACAGCGAGGGGCUCCCAGCCAAGAGCCCAGGUAGGUCCCCUGACACUGCUGCUCACACCAGCCGGGGCCCUGAGGACUGCAGUAGGGGGAGCAGCUCAAAGAGCACGCCAGUGUCCCCAGAGCCAGGAGGGGACCAGCAGACGGUGUGGUAUGAGUAUGGCUGUGUGUGACUUGAGUGACUCGUGGAUGGGCAGCUCCCGAGUCUUCCCACUACUGACGCACUUUCUGAUUCCAACAGCCUUUUCUCCUGUUGGCACCUGCAGUGCCGGGAAAGGGUUUGGAAUGAGGAAAGGGGUUCCUAGCAUUUCCCUUUUUGUUUUGUUAAUGAAAACACUGUGCCAAGCUGUAAGAGGAUUAUACUCCCAGGUGUGUAUCACGGCUUCUCUAUCUGCAGCUUCCAGCAACUGAUACUUUUGAACAAAUCCAGUUUGGCAUGGGGACCACUUAGAACUCAAUGACAACACUGACUUAUACAAAAGCAGACACUAUUCAAGCGUGCCCUGGUAGAAUACUCAUUUGCAACGUCUUGACCUCCAUUAAAGGAUACACACACACCCCAGGCUCACAAAACUAAGCCCUGGUGGGCCUGAAAACCCCACUCCCUUUUUUCUCAAAAGCCAUUUGUCCUGGGAGACGCCCAGGCUGUACUACAGAGAUCUUAAGGGCCUUGGGCAGACCCCAGAGUCAGGCCUGCUCUUAAAAACUACCAGGAGUGUGGCUAUUCCAUUCCUUGGGUCCCAAGCACUUCCCUUUACCCCGGGGCCCAGGGUGGCCUUGGACUUCUAUUCCCCUCCUCCAGUUGGCUCCUGGGCUCUGCAUGGUGGGCACCAGGGGCCAUACAGGCACCUUGUUUCUAGAUUCCCUGGUUCACUUUUCUACAAACACUGGAUCUGCCAGGCCUGGGGGAGCAGGACAGAGAGAAGUCCCUGUCCAGCCUCCCCUCUUGGCACGUGUACAUAGUGACAGGACGUCUGGCUACAGCACCCGAUGUCCUUUAUCUCAGAUGGGAUGUUGAUUUAUUUCUGAAUAACUUUUGGGGAUAGAAACCAAAUUUCUUUUAAUAUAUUAUAUAUGUACACACUCAUGUGAAAUAUGUAUACUUUGGGGGAUCUAUUUAUGUUCCGUUGGGAGUCAUUCUUUUCUAUCAGGAAUCUUAUCUGCUGCUUUGUGUGUUUGGUCAGAUUCCUGACACAUUUAGUUUCCUAUUGUAAAGGUGCUUCCCCUGGGUUGAACCAAACCUAUUGAUUUUUUUUUUUCUCCUUUUGAUUUAAUAUGCUAAGGAAGAAAUGGGAGAGUUUUGAACGGUAACAAGAUCCAUUUUAGAAGUAUUUUGGGUUGUUUGUUAAAUAGCUGUUCUGGAACACAGGACAGGAUUGUAAUAAAUGGAAUGGAAGAGA